GACAGAUCCACUGAUCCACAGAAGCUGCAGCAGAAGUUCCAGGCUGAGGCUCCUCCACCUCUGCAGGCUGAUGGGAGUUGCUGUUAAAGCAGAAGAUUUUAAAAUCAAAUAAGCACAAGUCUGAGGUUGCUGCUGUCAGAUUAAAGACGAUGAUUGACCUGAGUCACCUGACGGAGGAGGAGCAGGGAGCCAUCAUGGCUGUGCUGAGACGAGACGCUGAGCUGAAGAGGGCGGAGGAGGAGAGAAUCAGGAAACUGGAGAAAAACCUAAGCAGCGAGUCAGAGUCGGAAAACACACUAAAAUUCCUGAGUGGGGAGUGGUUCUACGAAGCCAAGAGUCGCAGACACACGGACAAGAUCCACGGCUCAGAGAUCAUUCUGGCCUCCAUCAAACAGAGGAGCAGAGAAGGCUCUGAGAGAAGUGAGAAGUCCUUGACAGCCCUCAGUUCAGAGGCAGCUCCAGACCUGGGCCCUCCUCCCAAACCUGCCCGAUGUCUGGAGGCCCUGCAGCAGGAGCAGCAGAGUGAUGCUGAGCAGCAGACCCUGAACUCCCUGCUCCACUCUCCCAGAGCACCGAGACACAAUCCUUUCGACAGAGCUCCAGCCCUGCAGGGGGAACCAGCUGAGCACCCCAACAACCAUCAGUACCAGGGUACCAGGGGUCUGGACCUGGACUCCACCCACACAGAUCCUGUAUCCAGAGUGAGGAACAACAAUGGCUCCAGUCAGACAUCUGGCAGUUCCAUCAUCUCAGAAAGCUCCUCUGUGGGAUUCAAACCAGUGCCAAAAAAGAGAACAUUUGUCUCCAGACAAUCCUCCUGUGGAUCAGAGACUAAAGAACCUCAGGUCAAACCAGCAGAGAUCCUCCCUUCUACAAGACAAGGCCUUCAGCGCACUUCAGGGUCCAGUGGAGGUUCCAACCAAUCCUGUUCCUGGAGGAAGGAUGGAGGAGUUCAGAAGAGCAAAGGUCUGGGUUUUGACCAAAGAGAGGAGCAGAUGAGCUCUGCAGAGGAAGCGUGCUAUCAACCUGAAGGUGACCUUUCUCAGCAGUCGUCUAUCUCCAGUACGGACCGAGAGAAACGUUCCAUGUCCACCACCAGAGAAAGUUCCUCUUUUGUCACAGUCGAUGAUAAAGUUCUGGAGAAGAAGGAAAAAGAACAGAUCUUCAGAGAAGAUGGUGAAGCUCCAGAGAAGAAGGAAAAGGAACAGAUCUUCAGAGAAGAUGACAGAGGGUGCCAAGAUAGAAGCACCUCAACUAUACCAAAUGACCUGAGUCUUGCACAAAGCAUUGUGGAUCCAGAGCCUCCCAUCUCCUACGAUCUGAAUUUCAUUGAUACCACAGAGCAACAAAGCGAGCCAGGCCAUUCGUUCAGGUUGUCCACUCAGGCAACCAGUCCCACCAGUGAUGAGGAGUCCAUUGCCAAGGUUCUGGAUUGGUUUAGCCGUAGCAUUGACAGCAUUGAUGCUCUGGAUGAUGAAGAAGAGGUUGUGAAGUCAACCAAGAGCUCUGAAAGACAUGAAGACAUCAGAACACAGAGGGCUGAAAAGAGGAACAAAAUAGAACUACUGACUCUGACAGACAGAAAGGAUGAAAUGAACCCCAGUAGAUGCAUUCAGGAAUUCACACCUUCAGACAGAACAGCCAGUGAGGAAGAAACUGAAGAACCUGAAAAAAAUGAUAUGAGGGCCAGGAGGAAAUCUGACAGACCUGAAGACCUGAAGACAGACACGGUUGAAGACCAGAUGAGUUUUAAAGAGGGAAGGAAAGAGCGUGUUGUGAGGAGACACAGUCAUGAGUUUAGUUCAUCAGACAGAACAGGCAUUGAGGAACCAACAGAAGAACCUAUCAAAGACAUGGGUGAAGAGGAUGAUGAAACACAAACAGCAGAUCUCUCUGAUCUGAAAUCCUUCUGGGAGAAGACCAACACGGUAGGAAGUAUCCCUGUCACAAAACUGAAGACGUCAAAGGUGGAGGGACAAAACAAUGUUCAUGUUACAGCAGGAACACCUGAAGUCUACAAAGGAGUUUUUGAAGAUGAAAAACCAAAGUUUGGAGACAAACCAGACCAAAGUCUGCUCAUCGGUCCACUGAGAGAGAAUCUCUUUUUCACCCAGAGCCGUCACGUGGACGUCCCGUUAACCAAAUGUUCAUCUGAACCAACCAAGGACUCAGCUUCCUCAGCAGAUGGUUCAGUGCUGCAGUCCUACCACCCAACUGCUGAAAGACAGGAGUCAGACACUGAGGUCUUCUCUGUUACGAUGGACAAGGGGUCAAAACCAGGUUCUUCAGUCAAAUCACCUGAAAUUUCACUGUGUGAAACUCAAACUGAAUUGGUGUUCUUCUCUCCACAAGACACGCAUGUCCAACCACAGGUGGAUAUUUCAGUCCCAGAGAUCAGGAAAGGGUCCUACGUGGACUUUAAUCAAGGUGGACAUGACCUUCAUACGCCCUCUAAACCCCAACGCCACCACGACUCCAGUGACGACAUAACGAAGAAAGAGAAGGAGAACACAAAUCGACAUCCAAGCAGGUCACCAAAGAGGAAAAAAGAGGCGUCCAGUAGAAGGAGAGGGAGUAGCCGGGGCUCCAGCAGACAAGGUUCACCUCCACAGGAGAGCACAGCAGAGAGGAUCAGGCAACUCAAAUCAUUCUGGGAGCAGGAGAAGAACCAAACCACGUUCUUUCAGCCCAAAGCUCCUGCUGUCAAUAGAAAUCUGAAAAAAUCUGGUCAAAGAUUCUCAAAGUCGGAGUAUGAUCUGAGAUCAGUUGGACAGAGUGUAGACAGUGAUGAGGGAGACGGAGCUCCUGUAAACCAAAACCCGGAGAAGAAAUCUCCGAAUCUGAGCUCCAGCAGGACACAGUUCCACUCCCUGCUGGAAUUCUGGGAUGACGCAGCUUCACAUACCAGGAAGUCAAGAAAUUUCAACGAACUCAAAAGUGACAAAAGUGCAGAACCAGUAGAUUUACAUCUUCCGUCUCAGGAUUUAAAAAGUGGACAACCUGAGAUCUACCCUUUGUCCUCCACAGUAGAGAAACCCCGUCCAGCUGUUCGGAGACCACCUCCAUCUCCAAAGAAGAGGUCAAAGUCACCACAGGAUAGACAGUUGUAUUCUGGAACCAAACUGACAGCAACAACUGACGGCAAAAACACUGUUGCAACUUAUACAGGUGCCGUGACAGAGAAAAGCUCCAAAGACAGCAGCAGAGAAGAAAACUGCACACACUCGACAAGCUCUUCAGGCAAAGCCAGUCGUUCCCCAAAGAGCAGGAAGGAGAACAUGUCUACGUUAAUCACCCCAGAACAAAAGCAUCAGGAACCGGUGGUGAUGGAUAGAAACCCCAUUCAGUUCCAGAGUGGGAAGUCAAAAGAGAGCGACAGAAGUUCCACCCAUAGAAGGUUAUCAGACUCAGCUGACACGCCGACUCCUCGUGCUCGAGCCUUCAUUCCCGUAGAUUACAGCCAUUAUUUAGGCAUGACAGAAAACACCAGCCUUCAAACCUUCAUCACCUCACCCCAGAAGAACGAAGACUCCUACAGAACAUCCAGGUGUGAGUCCACCCUGAGUGGACCCCUGAAGACCAGCACCCCAGUGACCUUAGAGGAUCACCACAGCCGAAGGACCAACAAGGCCAACCAUCACCCCGUGCGGCCGGACUACAGCAGCUCAGACACCGGCCAUGAUUCGUCGGUGAGCAGCGCGUCAGAAAACUGGUCCAGGCCCAGGAACAACUCAAACAUUGAAAAUGAGGGCGACUGCCAGAACCCUGUGAAGAGAGCGCUGAAGCGAGCAGAGGCGAGGCCUAAAACUGUGACCAAAAGUAUAGAUCACAUCACCACACGUGGAGACAGAGAGCAGGGAACUCAAGCUGAGCUCCGACACAUCAGUGAGGAUCUAGACCACGUGAAGAAAAUGAGCCAAUCAGUUCCCUCGUUUCUGCAGCAGGAGGCUGCCGAAGACUUGUGCGCCCCCUAUGAGGACAGUAACCAUGGAGACAGACUGACGAUGGGCAGUUCAAUGAGCAACAUUAGCAGCUGCUCAGGCCUGGCAGCCACGUCAUCGCUCAGUGGCAGUGUCUGGACCGUCUACAGUCCGGACUUUGGGAAUGUGGAGGUUCAGGGGAGCAUUCAUUUUUCCAUCAACUAUGUUCAGAGGCUGCGGGAAUUUCAUGUCUUUGUGGCCGAGUGUCGUGACUUGGCUGCAGUCGACCCAAAGAAAAGACGCUCAGAUCCGUAUGUGAAAAGUUACCUGCUUCCAGACAAAGCAAAUCUGGGAAAAAGGAAAACGUCUGUGAAGAAGAAAACGCUGAAUCCAAAAUUCAACGAGAUUCUGAGAUACCGUGUCCGUCUGGAGGAGCUGAGGACUCUGACCCUGCUCCUCUCCGUCUGGCAUAACGACACCUUUGGCAGAAACAGUUUCCUGGGUGAGGUGGACGUGGAUCUGUCCACGUGGGACUUUAACCACAACCAAAUGAACGACUUGGUCCUCAGAGCUCGAACCACGCCCACUCCAGCAGCAGGAGUGGCUCUGAUUGGACCAGCAGAGAUGAAGCUGGCUGUGAGGUUCCUGCCACAGAUCAGUCACAGUGAGGGUGUUGCUAUAAAUGGAGCGAACACUGGAGAACUUCACAUUUGGGUGAAAGAAUGCCAGAACCUCCCUCUGAUCCGGACUUCCAUAGACCCUUACGUCAAGUGCUUUGUUCUACCAGACACCAGCAGAAAGAGUCGUCAGAAGACCCGGGUUCUAAAGAGGACCGUGGACCCAGUCUUUAACCACACCAUGGUCUAUGACGGCAUCAGUGAGUCAGACCUGAAUGAAGCUUGUGUAGAACUCACUGUUUGGGACCGAGAUGGGCUCAACAGUUCUCCGCUGGGAGGACUAAGGCUCGGAGUAGGAACAGGUAAAAGUUACGGGGCACCGGUGGACUGGAUGGACUCCACUCCCUACGAAGUGGCGCUGUGGGAGCGAAUGAUGGCAUCGCCUGAUCAGUGGGUGGAGGGAGUUCUGCUGCUGCGCAGCCUGCAUUCUGCAAAGACUGCCCUGAAGUAAUGAGGGGUCUGAGGAGGGACUGAAGAGAUAAAUAUUUGGAAUUUCCUUUAUUUCUUUGGAAAAUAACCCCAAGAUCAUGUUUAAAUUAAACUACAUUCAUUUAAAAAAGUAUUGAUCAGCUUGAAACGCAUAAAACGUUCAAGUUCAUGUUUCUGUCAUGGCCACUGAAUUGGCUACACCAGUGAUAGGAAGAAAUAUGAACUUUUUUUUUUCCAGAAUUAGCUCGAUGUUGUAAGGCUAAAGCUAUGCUAAAGCAAUUUUGUAUCUACCUUUCUAGGGCCAGCGUGUUGUAGACGUGGUGUGCAAUAAAGGUGAAUUCACUGCAUUGCUGAGUUUUUUUCCACAACUUAUAAUUCACAAAACCAAGAUAAGGGAUUAAGCCAGGAUUGUUGCUUAUUAAGGCUGAACUUAUUCUGAAGUUGGUUGCAUGAAAGCAGUACCAAGCUAACACAGCCUAGUUACUAAGGUGAUUUAUUUUCUGUAAUUUUCUGU